AUGGAUUCGACGAGCGUGAGCCUUGAUUGGAGGAAUUUAUUCGUGGGUUCGAAGAAUCAAUCUCUAGAUUUCUUUCCUCAUGAGAUUCGGGAUGGAGUUGUCACGGUUAAGCCUCCUAUUGAGGUGAUUGAGGAAGGCAUUGCUGAUUGGAAUAAUGCCCUAGUGGGUCAGUUCAUUGGUGCGGCUCCUAGGUUUUCCUCAAUGCAGCGUAUUAUCGAUUCGAUUUGGGAGAAUUCUUCGCAAGUUAAGGUUAGUUUAGCUGGCCCAAAUCUUUACGUUUUUUCGUUUUUGGAUGCUAAUUUGAGGGACUGGGUGCUUGAAAACGGUCCCUGGCAUGUCCAGAACAAGCCUCUGGUUCUGAGGAGGUGGGAACCUGGGUUGCAGAGUCUCAAUUUUGACCUAGCUUUAAUGCCUGUUUGGGUGCAACUCUAUAAUAUUCCGCUUGAACUGUACUCUCAAAAGGGUCUUAGUUACAUAGCUAGUGCGCUAGGUACUCCUCUCUAUAUGGACACUAUCACUGCUUCUCGUGAGAGGUUGGAAUUUGCUAAACUGUGUAUAAAGAUUGAAGCUGGCAGUGUUCUUCCUGAGGAUAUUCUUGUUACUCUUAGGGAUAGAUCGACUGUGAGUAUAAAGGUGCAUGUGCCAUGGAUGCCUCACCUAAAGAAGUCCAAGUCUGGAGGAAGAAAAAAGGUAUUCUUCCUGGGGGGGACUGGAAGUAAGGAUUCUUUGAAUGGUAAUGCUGAAGCUUCUGGACAGAUUUCUGAUUCUCUUCCGGGUAGUUCAUUGGGGGGGAUUCAUGGUUCGAAUCUUCAGGUUGGUGUUAUCAUGGAGUCUUCUGUCCAUGAUUUGCAGGAACCUAGUGUGGCCACACAGGCUACUGGCCUGGGGACUGACUCUUUGCCAACUGUUACUGCUGACAAGUCCGCUAUUUUGAAUGCUGAGGGAGUUGUCAAGCCUUGUGAUUUUCCUUCACUUCAGGAUUCUCUGAAGAAGAAGACAAGGGGCAAGAAAAAAGAGCCUGUUGGUUCCUCCAAUAAGCCAGAUUAUUUGGUGGAUGGUCUUAGGAAGACUAGGGUUGCCUCUUUGGGUGUAGCCAUGUUGCUUAAUGAGAUCAAGGCAAAGAAGAGGGGUCAUUUGGAUAAAACAAAGAGUAAUGUGGUGAAUUUGGUGGAUGUUAUCUGUCUUAUGGAGUCUAGGAUUAGAAGGGAAAAUUCUGUUAAGUUCUCCUCUGCCCUUUCUGCUGAUUGGAACCUGGCCAUUUCCAUCAUUGGUAAUAUUACUGGUCUCAGAACUGUUAUAACUGCUGUUUAUGGUAGCAAUUUUGGUGUUGCUAGAAGAGGUCUUUGGGAGCAUUUGAGGACUGUUGAGAAUGAUCUUGGUUCCUCUUCUUGGGUGAUUGGUGGGGACUUCAACAUAAUUGCCAGAGCUGAGGAAAGUUCUGACUUUGAGACUAUGGGAGUCCACAAUUCCUCUGACAUGAAGGAGUUCCAAGACUGCCUGGAAGAGCUUGACUUGAUGGACCACCCUUUCCUUGGGCCUACCUUUACUUGGUCCAAUAGGCAGGAAGGUUCUUUUUUAGCCCGGAAGCUAGAUAGAGUUCUGGUUAAUCCUAAGUGGCUACUUGAUUACCCUGACUCUUUUGUGGAAUUCAAAGCACAAGGAGUUUCUGAUCACUGCCUUGGGGUAUUAUGGACACAUAAGGGUGCUUUGGCUAAGAAGCCUAGGCCUUUCAAGUUUUUUAAUUGUUGGGUCUCCCAUGAGAAAUUUCUUAGCAUAGUCAAAGACUCAUGGCAAGUGCAUUGUGCAGGUUCUGCCAUGCAAGUUCUGUUCUGCAAAUUGAGAAGGCUUAAACCUCUCUUAAAAGAGCUCAAUAAGGAGUUUUUCUCUGACAUUUCUGGUAGAGUGAAGGGGAAAAGAGCUGAACUGGAGCAAUUACAGAUUUUUAAUCUGACUCAUGCUGAGCAGAGGAGAGUUGCUGAGGAAAAACGAAUUCAAGAUGAGCUUGUUAAUUUGGAAGUAGCUGAAUCUGAGUUUUUUAGACAAAAGGCUAAGUUGCAUUGGUUGGAUGAGGGGGACCUCAAUACCAAGUUCUUUCAUCAGAGGGUAGAAUCUAAUAAAAAAAAGAAAUACCAUUAG